AUGGGCUUCUUCUUGUCAUUUACGCGAUUUGCCGCCAAAACUGCUCUAGUAGCCGUUGCUGUAAAGUUAUCGAUCGACAACGACAUCUGGUCUCUUAACACUACUAACGGUGCUGAUCUUUAUGAGAAGUUGAAAAGGUACAUCGUCCCAGGUACCAUCGUCUAUCCAGAGCAGCUUCCUUCUCCUGAAGAAGUGACAACAGAUAUAGAACGAGUCUGGAACAAAGGAGUGAAUAAGGUGAUCAUUCUGAUCUCAUCCCCUUUUCAGUCCCAUACUUCUAUUGAAAUUUUUUUUUACAUAAUUAUUUUUCCUCAAAUUUACCUUUGUAUAUUGCUUCAUGGUUAUGCUGUUUCCAUAUAAGU